AUGAUACGUGGGCGAGUGACGACCCGCGGGUCGACGCGCCGUGGGUUACGACGGAAGAACGUGGUAGUGGAUGAUGAUGACGAAGACGACGCCGAAGAAAAGAGUCAGGAGGAUGAUGAAGAUGAUGAGGAGGAAGAACAAGAAGAAGGCAAGAAGACACUAUCACCCAAGCUGACACGUGCGCAGACAAAAAAACAAGAGGCAGAAGCAAAAGAGAGCAUAAAAAAAUUGAAGAAGAAGGGGAAAAACGGAAAAACGGAAAAUGAGACAGAAAAAGUUGAGAAGGAGAAAGGAGAUGAAGAGGCAAGAAAGGACGAAGAAGAAGAUGAAGAUGAGGAAGGUGAAGAAGAGGAGGAAGCAGAUAUUAAAGAGCGACGCAGAGGAACUCGUGUACGUGUAAAUCUCAAGCGGAAGGGGAGACAAACUACGCCAUCACCGAGGAUGAAACAAAGACGGAAAAUCACUGUGUCAGAGGAAGAAGAAGAGGCUGACGAGGAUGAAGAAUUAGAAGAGGAAGAAGAUGAAGGUGAAGAGGAUGAGGACGAGGAAGAAGAUGAGGAAGAGGAGGAAGAAGAGGACGAAGAGGAAGAAGAGGAGGAAGAAGAGGAAGAAGAGGACGACGAAGAAGAUACAAACGAAGAAGAAGGGGAGAAAGCACAUGAAGCCAGGUCUCGGCAAGUGCUUCAUAAAAAGAGGGGCAAGGCGAUACAAAGAAUUAAAACAAGUGUCAGAUUUGAAGCGGCAGAAAAGCACACGUCCUUAGAGAAAAAGAAGACUUGGAGAAAAGACGUAUCUAAAAAAGCUCAAUCAACUGAUGAAAGCGAAGAGGAAAAAGUUGACAAUAAUACAAAAGAAGAGGAUGACAACCCGACGAGCGAAAUCAAAGAGGAGAAACUGCCAAGCGACCUCUCAUCUACAGCUGCCACGCCCCUGUCAUCGCCUAUGAAGCGAAAAAGCUUAUCAAUUGAUACAUUAAUGAAUGGUGCUGAUGAUGAGGACGCUCAAGACGAGCAAAUGGAUUUGGAGAGGACACCGCCAGAUGCCGAAACGGAUGCGGACGAAGUUCCUGAUCAGCAUUUCCGAGAUGCGCUUAGUGAAGCGACUUCUGAGUCGAAAUUGAUGGAACUUAUGACCGAUAAUUGUAGCCGGCUGAUACGAGAAGGCAAGAUGCCAAGUCGACUUUUUUCUGUGGCAUUGCUUGGUGCGGUAAAGGAAGAUCCAAAGCGAUUCAGCCAACCCGUAGUACUGAAGUAUCUGCUGCGAUUAUUGCGAUCAAAGCACUAUUUGGGGAUGAAAGACAUCUCUGAGCAUGGAAAAAAGCCAAGUACGACCGUUGCAUUGGGAACAACGCAGUCAAGUGACUACUUCCAGAUCUCGCUACCUGUCCUAAUUACAAACAUUCUUGUGGAAGUUCUUAAGAAUAGUAACGAGUGGCCUGUUGAUAGUGUGAAAGUGUUUUUAGACGACUCACUCUUCUCUCGAGUCUGGGUUGAUCAUGAAUUAAGCCGCUUGUUCGUCCAAAAUGUCAAAACAGUUAUGGAAGCAGACGAAGCAGAGACCACACAGCCGCUUAUUCGAAAACGAUUCCAUAAAUCUCAUGUGGUACAGGAAUUGAAAGACCUGAUCACCAGCCAUAUUCGCUCGCGUCUUGUGGAGAUCGAUAAUGGAAAGUCUAGCAAUACGGGAAGUGCCGCUGGGAUUGGCGGCAACAACGCGGUACGAAACAUAAUCAUGACCUUAGCCGACUUUGCCAGCAUUUCUCAGGUGCGCGUGUUUGGAGCAGAGAAUAUGGAAGCUUGGUUACAAAAUUCAUCUGUCAAAGGCCUAGCAAAAGAUCUUUUGAACAAAAUCAUUUCAUUGUGCAAUUCGACGAGCCCUCACGAUCUUGCUACGGUGGAUCUGCUGCUCAAAUUGAAGCUUAAGUCUACCAUGUUCCAGCUAAAGGUUGAAGCUGUCACGCAUCUUGUUUGCAACAAUCCUGUGUACUUAAGGCGUGCAAUUACGGUAUUUAUCUCACGAGAGCGACCCAACAAUAUGUCGCGGGAUGUUGACAACAUGAAAAUGCUGCAGCAUGUUUUUCGAGCGUCGCGCUCUCUAUCUGCUUCCUCUAUUCUGGGCAGCCCAGACGAUUUGUUUUUUCGUCGGCCAAUUGAGCACCAAGGUACUCUCGCAAGUCGAGAACUGGCGCAUGUUUUUCGAGAUUUGGCCAGUGUUUCGGACGUUGCUCCAGCUUUAAAGACGAUUGUACGCAAAAUUCUAAAGCAGCUGACAUUCGAACAGAUUGACAUCAAGGCAUUGUGCGCUGGCAUACUUGAUAACGACGGUCAUUGGGAUGCGCUAGCGGGUGAUGCGCGAGUGUUGGACUAUAUGGGACUCGUCACAGGUGUUGUAUGGCUGAUCCUUUUGAUGCGAGGAGCAGCUGUGAAAAGUCUGCAGAUUCAGCAAUCAAGUGCUAACAAUCGUCAAAAUACAGGAGCCACUUUUCCGUCAGGCCUUAAGCAUGGUGGAACACAGGCUGUCUCUCGACACGGAUCCAAUCCACCACAUCCAGUAUCUAGAAUAAACAGGUUGGGUUCUUCAAAAGGAAAGCCGUCUUUUGGCAAAGCUUCACUAUCAUCGACACUCGGCAGUAGUGGGAGUGCUAAUGUAACUAGCCACAGCCUGUGCGGAAGUGGCAGUAACAGCGGUAGUACAACCUCUGACGGAUCAAGAACAGUCAAGAUCUCGGUUUGGGCUAAAGAAGAGUUGCAACAAGCGCUUGCAAUUGUACAACGAGAAGCCAUUGUCUGUUGUCGUGAUGUGUUAGCACACUUUGGACUUAACGGCGAUUCACCUUUCGAAAAGAUGCUGUAUGAAAGCAUCGUGAAAAAACUGCUGUUUCUUGAUGUUCCCUCGGAUAUGCAGCUUACAGAACACGACCGGACGUGUUUUCAGUCGACAAAGGAGCAUAUACCUGUCCACGAAGAUUCGCUGGAUCUCCUUACAAGCUUAUACAAUUCUUGUCGUGCUAUUGACCGCAUGGAAGCUCUGCGCACACUGGAGACUAUUGUAUUUCGCGGUGCCGAGGCACAUAUGCACCGUGAAGCAUUGUGGCGUCAUCAUGAAGACGAUCUUGCGGCCUAUGUUCAAAGCGGUGGUGUUCUUGGAAUUGAAGUGAAGAAUACUCAACUCGUCCAGCACCUUUUCCAGCUAGCAUCGUGGCAAGGAAGUGAAGAAAAACAGGAGCAAGAAUUUUACCAUUCAAGCCGAUUUUGGAUCUGUUGCUCUAUUUUACUGAUCGUUGGAUGUUUCAACGUAAACACCAUCGGCACUUUCAUUUGGGAUAGAAUUACAACUCUGCGAGGUUUGAUGCAGAUGGUCAUUACAGGCCGAUAUACAUUCCCGGCAAUAAGCGCCCCAGACCCAUCACUUCUUGGCAAGCACCAAAAUGCAUUUUCUGACGUGAUCCAAGGCAAUUUGCACCUGCGCGAUUACGAACAUCAAGUGCUCCAGCUAAAUCAAGGCGACCCGUCAGUAACGGGGGAUCCGCUUAUGCUGUUUGAGUCGGAUGGGCUGGCUCGCCAACCGCCACCAGCGAUCAUGGAGCACCUUCGUACAUUAGACCAAAAAUUCAAGCUUGGCAUGCGGUUGCGACAAAGUCGAAAGAAAGACUUUUUGAUGGAGAUGGUUGCCGGAAAUGGAAACAAAAAUGCUGUGCAGAAUUUCAAUGUGGCAGCGAAUAGUGCGUGGUGGAUCGCUGAUAUUGUUUGCGAGGACUUUGACACGGUGCAGUAUCUACCGUAUGGAUGCUUGUGUCAAUUGCUCCUUCUUGCAGUGCGUCCUGACAAUGGCAAGAGCAGGACCGGUUUGCUUAACCAAGUCCCUUUGAAUCGACCAGCACUGGCUCAAAUUAUUCCACGCUUGCUCAGUCAGCUACGCGAGUAUCUUUUUGGAAACGACGACCCUGAGGUGGCAUCGAGUGUGGUUUCAUAUUAUCUUGAGUGUUUAAAUUCUUCUGAGCUGGGCACACGACGAGUGGCUGCUCAUAUUUUGAAUCUCCUGACUACACCACGCAGUGUUGAUGAGCUAUCAAAUGAAUUGCAGCCGGUUGCUGUGUUCUUUGAUGCCGAGAGCACCCAAAUUUUUUCGUGGUUAGAAGAGUUGGCUAAGCUGCCGUGCUACAGCAGCAUCCGCGGCCAAAUUUUUUGCUCGCUAGAGAAUUUGCUCGAGCUAGAGACAUCUAUUCCAUCACUUCGAAUGUGCAUGAAAGCACUAAACGAUUUUUCAAAAGACGACGAUAAUGCAAUGAGUAGUUUUGCCGAAACACGUGACGUGAAACAAGAUGAUGACAGUAGCCACUGCAAAAAAUCUGCGGUUGAAAAGGCAUUGAUGCUGGCAGGAGCGUACGGAAAGUUCUUAGCUGGGCGAGACUUGGUGGCAACACUAUUGCUAAAAGACUAUGAUAUCUUUGCCAUGACAGUCGAGGUAGUCUGGCGUGCGAUUGAGUCACAAUUGGUCAUUACUCCUCAAUUAAAAGCAACAUCUGGCAUCAGUUUCUCCGAUUGCAAAGUGUUUUACGUCACUGACGGAGCUAACACAAUUCGUGAGAUCAAACUCCCUGCUGUAAUCAUUCAUGGCGCUAUUCAAGUGCUUUGUUCUCCCCACGCACAUAACGAUCGAUCAAUGGCUGCAUCAUCAGUCAACGAUAAAGCGGCUACAUGCUUGACGAGGUUGAUGCAAAGCCUCUUCCCAAAAGGAACGUCUAAUGUUGCCAUUUUAUCAAGUACAGGAAUUAUUGCGACAAAGGAUUCACGUCUUUAUCCAGAUCAUUUGCUGGCCAAACUUGCAGCCGCAGCUUCGUCAACUACCUCGCAUCUCUGCGCAGCGGCCAUUCGUGCGAUGUCCAGCGAAUCUCUUUGGCAUCUUCUCGAGCAAUCAGCUCUGAGUGAGCAGUGUUUGGAGCUGGCCUUGCUAUCAGCUGUUGAAUUUGUUCAGAAAAAUGAAAGCAAGGCUGUUGCAAGCUUGCUUGCGAUGACCAAAAAUUCAGAUAUCUCGGUUGCAGCACACAGAAUUUUGAUGCACCUGAGUGCUUAUGGCACGCUUUCUCCGCUCUCGCCUGGCAUAUCAAGCUCAUUAAAGCAGCUAUGUGAAUGGCUCCAGGAACGAUGUGGAUUUAAUCGAUCCAUAGAGACGGCUGAAAAGGAUGAAGAAGCGCUUUUGCUUUCUGAAGGGUUUUCUGCGUUUACGAUCCAGAAACGCGAAAUUGACGUUCCCUAUUCCACAGGAGCAUUUUGCACAGAAUUAAUGGCCAAAACAGCCAAGAAAUCCUCAAAUAAAAAACGCAAAAAGCUUUUGGAAAGUGAUCCUACUAUAUUUGAGAAGACAUACUUCGGCUCUGACCUCAUUCAAAAGGGAGACAAAGAACCUACAUCGAUGUUGAGCCCUUUGUUGAUUUUGAAUUUGGCGGAAGAGCUUAAAUGGAGUUUCGGCACGAAAGUUUUGCCAGAUAUAAAAGCAGCUGAAGACUUUUUGUAUGUGGCGAGCAAAAGAGUACGAGGAAUGUGUCCAAUGCAGAACGACACGAAUGCGCACACUUCUGCUGACUUAUGGGCACUGCAUACGUCACUGCUGCACUUUGUUGGCCCGACUUGCAGCUCUGAAGCUGCUGCUGCUCAGCUUGCGAAGGCAUUGCUCUUGCUUGUGGAUCACGUAGCAUUGUGUUCACAUGCAGCUCAUCGCAAAGAAUGCAUCGGCUUCGUGCGGCGUGCUUUGGAUAAUUCGAGCGACGACUUUAUUGGGUCGUACUCCACUUCUGUCGGCUUUAUUCGACACCUAGCUCAAGCCUCAUCAAGUGAGAGCCUACUCCGGUUAAACGACCCGAUAGUAGCGAUGGAUGUUCACUUAGUACUUAAAACGCUUGUACAAUUUAUCGAUCACGCGUAUGCGCGGUGGAAAGCUCGGAACGUUUUGCUGCAAUUUGAUGUCAUGGCAUUGUACAACUUAGUACUGCUUGUUAAGGAAGUUGAAGUACUUCAACGCCUCCCUGGUAUAGUGAUAGAGAAGUCAAUCGAUUCUUGUGCUAUUGACCUAUUGAUGCGCAUCGCCCUCGAUCAAGCCGAUGAUGUCACUAUGACCAGCCUUUUGGAUUCAAUUAUGACUGCUGAUCCACACCUUGGAAAUCUCGACGAUGUUAUUGUGGUUCACGGAGACGUCAAGCGUAUAAUUAUUGGGAACUUAUAUUUUCAGAAUCCUAAGAUUGUGGGUGGACAACUUGAUCGUCUUUAUCCAGAUUGGAAGUCGCUCGUAAACAUCGACCAUGGCACAAAUCAUCCUGAAUUUGUCAUUCAGGAUCAUCGAGUUCUUACACAGGUGGACGAAAUUCUGCGCGAUCUAACGCGGGAUGGAAACGAAACCAUGGAACGUCUUAGAGAGAUAACUCGACGUCAUCCUAUGCUGGUAUUAUCACGCUUCCCUAGGCAGCUCAUGCAGCAUUUGGGCACACUAUCUCUAUCUCAACUCUACCUUAAGACUACAAUCUUUCAAAACGUCUUGAGUGCAAUGCAGAUCAUGCAGCCCCAUAUGUGCCAUAAACAGAGUAUUCGAAAAGUGUUCUGCCAAUUUUUAUUCGAGAUUUUGCGCGUGAUUGUUGACAACCAUUCCAUCGAGUUUCCUCAACUUGUAUCUCACGCAUGGGAACUAUUAUACGAUGCUCUAGAGGCCGACUUUGAUUACGCUAGUGAGCUCAUUUUUUCGCCAUCGCGUACGACCAUACUGGAAAAUAUCGUGAAUAUGUACGACUCGCACCCAGCAACAGCGGCACUUGGUGAAGUAAUGGCGCAGCGUUAUAGUGAAUGUUCGUUGCGCGCGAGUCUGGAAUCCAUUCGAACAGGUACUAAAAGUAAGCAGCAUGCAGGUGCGAGUCAGCAGCAGCUUGUUGAGCACUUGGUCUCACACAUCGAGAGUCAUGAAAUGUUCUUUGCUAAGCCGUUGACCGAACGCACCGAUAUGACUGCCGUCAUACAGGCGUUGCAGGCCAUUGAUUCCUUAUGCGCUAAGACUGACCAAGGAGUGUCAGUGGUGGCAUUACUCCGACGAUGUGCAGUACCAGUAGCCUCCAUUUUAGUAGCCGAGACGAUAACCAAAGCAGUCAUGGCGACGCUUUGCCAGACGUUGCUGAAUCUCAUGAAAUAUGAUCCGGUCUGUGUCGAUGAUGUCAUGUGCCAGUACGUACAGUGCCUGUGUGUUGCACGCCCAGGUUUAAAGGAAGCUGCUGUGAAUGCUGUUUUGGAAUUCUUGGUAUUCGCCGAUACUAGUCAACGACGAAAAAUUCUGCAGCAGCUUUUCGAUGAUCCGAGCGAAGUUGCUAAGACAAAGCUUGGAAUGUAUCUCAAGAGCGCAGCAUUUCGAAAAACACUUUUAGUAGCUUGA